GCAGCCAUGCAGCUCGUCGGGGCAGCGCUGCUGCUGUUGUGCACCGCCGUGGCGGCGGCGGGGAUGUCCGUGGGACCGGCCCCGGGACCCGCAGCGGGGCGACCCGGAGCCGAGCGGCGGGCGGUGGUGGGGGGCGGCGGCGGCAAGGAGCGGCGGGCGCAGUUCGCCUCCUGGGACGAGGUGAACGUGAUCGCCCACGGGCUGCUGCAGCUCGGCCACGGCCUGAAGGAACACGUGGACCGCACCAAGGGGCAGAUGCGGGAGCUGGGCAGCCGCCUCAGCGCCCAUAACAGCUCCAUGGGGCGGCUGCUGCGCCAGGCGCGGGAGGCGCAGGAGCGGGGCGAGCGGUUGCGGGCCAGCGUGCGGGAGCUGGAGGGCCGCGGCCGGCAGCUCCUCAACCUCUCCGAGGCUCUGCGGCAACGCCUGGAGGAGGUGGCUGCCGACAAAGCCGAGAUCCAGGGGCGGCUGGAGCAGCUGGAGGGUCGCGUUCGGCAGGCGUUGCAGGCGCGGCCGGCGGAGAACCAGAGCGCCAAGGACCUGGGAGCGCUGCAGUCCCUGAUGGAUGCGCAGAACUUGCGAAUCGAGGAGCUCUUGCAGAAGAUCAAGCAGCAGCAGUACAAGCUGGACAAGCAGAAUCUGCAGAUUAAAAGCCUGCAGAGCAAGGUCAAUCUACUGAUCCCCUUACACCUGAAGGACAACAAAACACACUCUCCAAAGUGGAAGAUAAACCUGAAGAGUCUCAGCCUUACCAACCAGAGCCAGAAUGCUAGUAGGGAGCCCGUGCUGACACAGAAGCUCCCGGAGGACUGCCACCAGCUCUUCCUGGCCGGACAGCAAAGCAGCGGUAUUUUCCAGGUGCAGCCUGCAGGGUCUCAGCCCUUCAAAGUCUACUGUGACAUGACCAUAGAAGGUGGCUGGACGGUGAUCCAGAGGCGCACAGAUGGCUCUGUGGACUUUGACCAGCUUUGGGAUGCCUACAAGAAUGGCUUUGGAGACCUUCGUGGUGACUUCUGGCUGGGCCUGGAGAAGAUACAUCACCUUGUCCAAGAAGGAAGAUACAAUCUCCUGAUUGAGCUGGAAGACUGGGAGGGAAAUUCCCAAGUGGUUCAGUUUGUCUUCAGCCUUGGUGAUGAGAGCACAGCCUACACACUCAACCUGCUGGGACCUCUGUCCGGAGAACUGGAAAACGCCAUCGGGGACUUCAGGCAGCUGCCCUUCUCCACUCGGGAUCGUGACCAUGACCUCAAAGCUGACACAAACUGUGCCAAACACCUCUCAGGUGGCUGGUGGUUCAGCACCUGUGGCCACGCCAACCUCAAUGGGAAGUACUUCCGCUCCAUCCCCCGCCAGAGGCAUGAGCGCAAGCAGGGCAUCUUCUGGAAGACAUGGAAAGGCAGGUAUUACCCGCUGAAGUCAACCACCAUGAAAAUCCAGCCCACAGCACUGGAAGCAGAACCCUAAAGAUGCCACUUGAGACUUGACCUUCUCUGCGGAGCACAGACCUGAGCUCCACCACUUGGUGUUUACAGAAGACAUUCCCACCCUCCCCGGGAAGUCCCCCGAGGAGCGUUUCUCUUGGUUAGCAGGCCUUUAGUGGCAUGACGCAGCUCCUUGCUAUAAAUAAAACAGCUCCGUGUUGCUCAAACCCCUGGAUGGGAGCUCCCAAACCAGAAGAGGAACCACCAGCAGGGAGAUCCACCUCCAGAGCAUGCACAAGGAUCUUCAAGCCUGCCACGUGUUGCUGUGACAAAUUCAAGUUGUCUAGUGCUUUCUGUCCUGUUUGAACACUUCUGUGCUGGUUUUGAUGGGCUGGGGCUGGGGGGAAGGGGAGCACAUGAAGGGUUUUGCUACCCUGGACCCAAGUGUUGGGUGCAGAGCCCUGCUGUGUCCUGUCUCUCACUGUUGUUCCCACAUGAUGUCCUAUGUAUCCCCCUGUGAAAGCCCCAGAACCUCCUUCCCCCGUUGGUGCCGUGGGGCACUGAGCCUCGGGCAGCUCCAUCUGCGCAGCCCCUGCUCCGGUGACUUCAGCCUGCUGAGAACGUGGGUUUGGUGGGAAGGCUGAAGGACACCCUGUGCAGAAGGGGCUUCCCUGGCCCCCGUGGCUUCGAAGUCCUGUAUUUCUGGCUGUGCCGGAAUUUGCCCUGAGUUGGGGAAACUGCUUCCAGCUCCAGAAGACAAUGGCUGGGAUCCUGCAGCCGGUUGUGCGAGGGCCAGAUCCUGGAGGGCUGAGUCUUAAGCUCUGCCUGAAGUUGCUGGGGGUGGUGAGGACGAGCGCUAGGACAGCACAGGUACAGAGCAGUGACCUGGGCAGGACCAGCCCUGCUGUAAACCCCCCCCGAAGCCUUCUCCCAAAAGACUCCCCACGCUUUGCAGACCAAAUAGCACCGUCCUGCAUGCGUGCCCCAGAACUUGCUCUAAAGGGCCAGGGGACCACAGGGUUUCUCUGCAAGAGCUGUACUGCCUUGUUGGGUGUGUAACCUUGUAGUACAGCACUGCCUCUGCCUUUGGCGUGGGUGUCUGGGGAGAGGUGGGCACAAAACAGGUCCCCAAAAACUCUUUAUGGGCCAAGCUGCCGUCUUGGGGCUUCCCAAGCAUCCUGCCCUAUCGAAGUCAUAUUGACUACUGUGCUAGAGCUCCUAGCUGCUAACUAUUGUAAAUAUUGUAGGACAUUGGAUCUUGUCGAUGAAUUUCCUGUUUUAAUUUGUUUCCAUAUUUAAAUGCAGUGUUAAUAAUGUAAUUUAUAAACGUUCAUACUGGGAAAAAAAGCAGCAGUAGUUUAUGUAUUUUAAACUUUUUUUGUACUACAGUAUCUUUUCUGAAGAUGUCUUUUAAUAAAAACAAGCCUG